UUUAUACAUUAUCAAUAACAGUAUGUAUUUAAGAAUAAAACGGCUCUCCAUAGAUGAUCACAUGACUUUUUGAAACACAUUUAAUGAAAUGUCCGCGGUCUGAAUCCAGUCCAGGACUCAGGGACGUCCACUGGUUGCUUUGCUCAGGGGCCCUAAAACGUUUCCACUGGGGCUCCUGCUGUGACGGGGCCACUGCUCUGACUGGAGCCUUUAUGCAUUUUAAAUCAUAAAACUACAUUUUUCUAAGCGUGGCACGUGUAACUCCUCAGAAGCUGACAGUGGUGUGUUGUUUUUAUCUAUAACCUUCAGAUUGGGUCUAUAACUUCAGAGCAGGGUCUGUCAGCUGAACUAAUAAUCCUUCAUUAAUAUUUGGAUUUGAAUUGUUGGAGCGCUCUUCAGCUGAUCUGACAAAACUAUCGACUCCAUAAAUGACCCGUUUGCUGUAUUCUACAAGUUCUUUUGAGUUCCUGCAGUUUAGAAAUGUCCCUGAAGGUUUAACGGUGCUGUAGACCGUCUUCCACGCUGCAGAUGAAUUCCCUCUAGCUUCACUGACCACUGAAAUCUGAACAUUAGCCUCAGGAUCUGGUACCUUUUUAAUCAUGGGAUUUCUUAAGCCUUUGUUUAUAGCUGUGUCUGUGGUUAACUUUCACCCCUUCCUCACACCUUCCUCUUCCACCAUAUUGCACCAAAGGAACCGGGAUUCAAGCCCAGGACCCCGUAUCAAAGAGGCGGACAUAUCCCAACACACAGUCUAAAAAUUGUUUGGCAGCGGGUAGAAACAGCCGGUAGCGGGUAGAAACAGCCGGUAGCGGGUAGAAACAGCCAGUAGCGGGUAGAAGCAGCCGGUAACGGGUAGAAACAGCCGGUAGCGGGUAGAAACAGCCGGUAACGGGUAGAAACAGCCGGUAGCUGGUAGAAACAGCCGGUAGCGGCUAGAAACAGCCGGUAACGGGUAGAAACAGCCGGUAGCGGGUAGAAACAGCCGGUAGCGGGUAGAAACAGCCGGUAGCGGGUAGAAACAGCUGGUAGCGGGUAGAAGCAGCCGGUAACGGGUAGAAACAGCCGGUAGUGGGUAGAAACAGCCGGUAACGGGUAGAAACAGCCGGUAACGGGUAACAGCGUUUGAACCUGCCGCUGACGGCUGGGUCUGGCCUGCCCAGGAGGCGGGGCCAGGUGAGCUGUCGGCAGGAAGCUGGUGCUUAGCUCCAAUUAGCAAUAAUUGCAGGAUUAGAGAACUCAGAUGAUCCUCUGCUAAUCAGAUCAGGGCCGGCUUUAGAAGGACGCCGGGCUGUUUGCUCCCAUUCACACCUCCAGUCCCACUCAGGCUGCUUCAUGCCGGCGUCCCUGUCCUCCAUCAUGGCUCACAAUCCUGCUGUCCAGUUCCCCGGCUCGUUUUGGAGCAGCUCACAGCUCUGAACCUCGUCUAGAGACUCUCUGAUCCUUCAGGACCGUUGCUGUGGGCCAGAGCUCUGGGAGAUCCCAUCAUGCCGUUCAUGUCUCUGAAGUUCAACCUGCAGAAGCGGGUCAAGCUGGCCCAGGGUCUCUGGAUGCUCUACUGGCUCGCCGUCAUCGUGGGCAUCAUCAUCUUCAGCCUCGGCAUCUUCUUCAAGAUUGAGCUGAGGAAGAGGAGUGAGAUCAUGGACAACAACGAGAGCCACCUGGUGCCCAACCUGCUGAUCCUGCUGGGGAUGUUGUCCUGCGGCCUGAACGCCUUCGGGGGCAAGCUGUGCCACGAGUCUCUGGACCCCCAGAAGUUCUCCAAGAUGAAGCCGAUGCUGAAGCCCUACAUGCUGCUGAGCUGCGGCUUCAACGCGCUGCUGCUGCUGCUGGUGCUGCUCUGCUUCCUCAUGCAGUUCGCCGUGUACCUGACGCUGGCCGAGGGCCUGAAGAACGCCAUCCGCUUCUACAAGGACACGGACACGCCGGGACGCUGCUUCAUGAAGAGGACGCUGGACAUGACCCAGAUCGAGUUCCGCUGCUGCGGAAACAACAACUUCAGGGACUGGUUCGAGGUGCAGUGGAUCAGCAACCGCUACCUGGACAUGAGCAACGACGUGGUCAAAGAUCGUGUCCUCAGUAAUGUGGAGGGGAAGUACCUGAUGGACAGCGUCCCCUUUAGCUGCUGUAACCCUGGCUCCCCGCGGCCCUGCAUCCAGCACCACCUGACCAAUAACUCCGCCCACUAUGACUACGACCACCGCAUCGAGGAGCUGAACAUCUGGAACCGGGGCUGCCACCAGGCCGUCUUCUCCUACUACAGCAGCAUCAUGAACAGCAUUGGAGCGCUGCUCAUCUGCACCAUCAUCCUGGAGGGGGUGGACGUGGCAGGUCUGAAGUACCUGUGCACAGCGCUUGAGACCAUGGAGGACCCAGAGAAUCCGGAAUGUGAGAGCGAAGGCUGGCUGCUGGAGAAAGGCUUCAAGGAGACCCUAGCGGACAUGUUCACCAAGUUAAAGACACUGGGGCGGGCCAACCAGGUGGAGGAGGCCGGGGACUCCCCCGAGGUCGCCACCUGAGCGGUGGCACACAAAACUGAGCGGGGACUGCAAGAGGAGGCGCCGGGUCCAAGAACUGCACAAACACUACUGAUCAUGUGCUUCCAUCAUGCAUCACACACACACACACACACACACACACACACACACACACACACACACACACACACACACACACACACACACACACACACACACACACAGUUAUUUCCAGACUGUAACUAUGUAAAAAGGAUUUGAAUUGAGCAGAGCCUGCCGGCUGUAUGUGAGUCUGCUGGAGUCCAGGUUACCCGAAGCCAAACAUCCAACAUGGCGGACACGCGGGUCGCUGCUGCAGCUCCACAGGUUGUCCUGCAGGGCGAGCAAGUUUGAAGGACUUUUGCCAAACUUUUAUUUUUCUACGCUCAGAUUUUACUUAGUGUGUGUCGAUGAACAGCGUCGGUCGGGCUCCGGUCCUCAGCGCCGCUGACCUGCGAUGGGCUGCCAUGGAAACAGCCAAUGGCGUGAAGGUUAUGCAGGACGACCCGGCUGUGCAUUAGGUGUCAGGACAGGAAGUUAUGUCAACAGUCAGGAAGUCCUGUCAUAAUUACACAGUGAUGACAGAGUUACAGAACAUGAUGUCAUAAUUACAGGAAAUAAUGGGAGAGCCACCCCACUGCAGGUGCAGGGGGUCGCCAUUUUAACAAUUAAUGCCGGAAGUUCACACCAGAAGAUUUGGACAUUUGCGGAUAGUGAUAGAAAGCUUAGGAAACCUAAACCUGAGGUCAGUGAAUUUAAUACCUAAAGCUAUGGUGUAUCACCUCCCAUGGAGCUAACAUUGGUGGAUGAGAAACCUUGACCUACGGUCAGUGGAUUUAUACGACUUCAUUAACUUCAGGGUGUACUUCCGACAUCGAUUGCAAAAACGGCCGUGCCUGCCGCUGCUGGACGUUACUCCUGAAUUAUGUUGAGAAGUGAUGUCAGUGCUAAAGAAGGUGAGGAGAGCAGAAAGGUUGUCAGGGCUGGUGGAGUUUGAUGUACCAGAGGUGCUGUUAGAGUUACAGGAAACAGUGACAGGAAGUGAUGUCAGACAUGUUCCUGAAUGCAGCAGCUGAAUCUGCAGCCAUCUAUCUCCACAGCUUUAGUAAACUUUGAAUAUUUCUGAGCAUGUGCGCUGAGCCUGGCAGACAGCGCACAGGGAGAAACGUGCCGUCUGGCUCUGUGUUGGACCGAGCUGUAGCUGAGUGUGUAGACUGGCUGUGUAGGUUGUGAUGACUCCUGAUGUUUUGUGAUGUUUGUAGUCUGCUGGGUUCCAUAAAAACCCCAGAACCAAA